AUGGCACGUGGUCCGAAAAAGCACUUAAAGCGUGUAGCAGCUCCAUCCAACUGGAUGUUAGAUAAGCUAACUGGCAUUUAUGCACCUCGUCCGUCAAGUGGUCCCCAUAAGCUACGUGAAUGUAUUCCAUUAGCUAUAUUGUUACGCAAUAGGCUCAAGUUUGCCUUGACAUAUCAAGAAGUUAAGUAUAUUGUCAUGCAGCGUCUGAUCAAGGUAGAUGGUAAAGUACGCACAGAUACUUGCUUCCCACUUGGCCUUAUGGAUGUUAUUACUAUUGAUAGGAUUAAUAAGAACAUGAGGAUUAUGUAUGAUACAAAAGGUAGAUUUGUACCUGUUCAAGUUAGCUCCAAAGAGGCCCAAUACAAGUUAUGUAAGGUGACGAGAGUUGCCUUGGGUCCAAAAGGUGUGCCAACAGCGACAACUAAUGAUGCUCGUACUUUAAGGUAUAUCCACCCAGAAAUAAGGGCAAAUGAUACUGUAAAAAUUGAUCUGGAGACAGGAAAGGUUAUGGAAUUUAUCAAAUGUGAAGUUGGUAAUUUAUGCACUGUUACAGGAGGUCGUUCUCAGGGGCGUGUAGGUGUAAUUACUCACCUUGAACGCAAGCAAGGUGCUCAAUGUAUUGUAUCUGUCCGUGAUAAGAAAGGUCAUACGUUUGCAACAUUGAUAAAGAACAUUUUUGUUCUUGGGGAAGGUGACAAGUCCCUAGUGACUUUACCAAAGGAUAAAGGUAUUAGACUCUCUAAUGUAGAGGACAGAGCUUUAAGGAUGCAAAAGAAUAAGAAUUAA